UGGGUGGCGGCGUAUCCUGGUUUGCGCGCCUACCGACUUCCUCCGGAAGAAUCCUGGUAGAGGCGCUGAGGGCCAGAGGCGGGUGACAGCCAAACUGGUGGUGAGGCGGUUUGUUUCUGAGUCAUUCUGUCUCUCCUACUGUCAAGUGUUGUAGAGCCAUGGUCUUGCUGCAGGGAAUGUGAACUGAAGAGAGAAGUAUCCUCUCUCCUCUCCCUCUUAUAGAGACUCAAAGACGCAUACUCCGCAGACUACAAGCUCCACAGAGCCGCAGGAGAACGGUUGCCUGGUAUUAGCAAGCAGCAAGUAUGGCGGUAGCGCGCGUGGAUGCGGCUUUGCCUCCCGGAGAAGGAUCAGUGGUCAAUUGGUCAGGGCAAGGACUGCAGAAAUUAGGUCCAAAUUUACCUUGUGAAGCUGAUAUUCACACUUUGAUUCUGGAUAAAAAUCAGAUUAUUAAACUGGAAAAUCUGGAGAAAUGCAAACGAUUAAUACAGUUAUCGGUGGCUAAUAAUCGGCUGGUGCGGAUGAUGGGUGUGGCAAAACUGACCCAACUCCGUGUACUAAAUUUACCUCAUAAUAGCAUUGGCUAUGUGGAAGGACUAAAGGAACUAGUACAUUUGGAAUGGCUGAAUUUGGCAGGAAAUAAUCUUAAGGCCAUGGAACAAAUCAAUAGCUGCACAGCUCUACAACACCUUGACUUAUCAGAUAAUAACAUACCCCAGAUAGGUGAUCUGUCAAAAUUGGUAUCCCUGAAGACCCUGCUUUUACAUGGAAACAUCAUCACCUCUCUUAGAAUGGCACCUGCUCAUCUACCCAGAAGUCUUGCUAUACUUUCUUUGGCAGAAAAUGAAAUCCGAGACUUAAAUGAGAUCUCUUUUUUGGCAUCCUUAACUGAAUUGGAACAGUUGUCGAUCAUGAACAAUCCUUGUGUGAUGGCAACACCUUCCAUUCCCGGGUUUGACUAUCGGCCGUACAUUGUCAGCUGGUGCUUAAACCUCAGAGUCCUAGAUGGAUACGUGAUUUCUCAAAAGGAAAGUUUGAAGGCUGAAUGGCUGUAUAGUCAAGGCAAGGGGAGAGCAUAUCGGCCUGGCCAGCACAUCCAGCUUGUCCAGUAUCUGGCUACAGUCUGUCCUCUCACUUCUACACUGGGUCUUCAAACUGCAGAGGAUGCCAAACUAGAGAAGAUUCUGAGCAAACAGAGGUUUCAUCAGAGACAGUUAAUGAACCAAAGCCAAAAAGAAGAGUUGUCUCCUCUGGCUCCUGUUGAAACAAGGGCACCCCUUAUACCUGAGCAUUCAAGCCCUAUUCAAGAUUGCCAGAUAGUUCAAGAAAGUGAACCUGUCAUCCAAGUCAAUUCUUGGGUUGGGAUAAGCAGUAAUGAUGAUCAAUUAUAUGCUGUUAAGAAUAAUUUUCCAGCCUCUGUACACACUACAAGAUAUUCUCGAAAUGACCUGCACCUGGAAGACAUACAGACAGAUGAGGACAAGUUAAAUUGUAGUCUUCUCUCUUCAGAGUCUACUUUUAUGCCAGUUGCAUCAGGACUAUCUCCAGUGUCACCUACAGUUGAGCUGAGGCUGCAGGGCAUUAACUUGGGCCUAGAAGAUGAUGGUGUUGCAGAUAAAUCUGUGAAAGGGCUGGAAAACCAGGUCUUGGAUAAGGAAGAGGAAAAGGCUUUAUGGGCUGCAAAUGAGAAUUCUGUUCAAAUGAUGAAAAAUGAGAUCAUUAUGGAGGUAAAUGAGAAAGCUGGGCUAUUACCUUGUCCUGAGCCAACAAUGAUCAGCACUAUCUUGAAGGAUGAUAACCACAGUCUUACAUCUUUUCCUGAGACAGCUGGACACGAUGUCUCCCAUACACAGCCAGAUGAUCAAGAAACCAUGUCUCAAACAGCUUCAGAGAAACUUCCCAGCAGGAUUUUAACCCAGAGAUCUGUUGCUUUGGGACAUGAUAAAGUUGCCCUUCAGAAAUUGAAUGAAGCAGCCACCAAGCUUCAGGCCUGUUGGCGGGGCUUUUACGCCAGGAACUACAACCCUCAAGCCAAAGAUGUGCGUUAUGAAAUCCGGCUACGCAGAAUGCAGGAGCACAUUGUCUGCUUAACUGAUGAAAUCAGGAGAUUAAGAAAAGAACGAGAUGAUGAACGUGUUAAAAAAUUUGUGCAAGAAGAGGCUGUCAAAUUCCUUUGGAACCAGGUAAGGUCUCUACAAGCUUGGCAAGAGACAGUGGACCAGCGUCUAAGUUCCUGGCAUACCGAUGUUCCUCCUUUAUCAAGUACUCUGGCGCCAUCUAAACCUCCAUCAUUUACUCAAAGUCAGGAGCCCCCUUCUGAUAAAAAUUCUGAUUGGUUCAUUGCUCCUGAUGAAGCUCCACAAGAGAAAUCAUUUCCAGAAUUUCCAGACUCUGGUUUUCAUUCCUCUUUAACAGAACAAGUUCACUAUUUGCAGGAUUCUUUGGAUUUUGAAAAAAAUUCCACAGAAGGCAGUGAAAGCUCCAUAAUGGGGAAUUCCAUUGACACAGUAAAAUAUGGCAAAGAGUCAGAUUUAGGGGAUAUUAGUGAAGAACAUGGUGAAUGGCGUAAGGAAAGCUCAAAUAAUGAGCAGGAUAAUAGUCUGCUUGAACAGUAUUUAACUUCAGUUCAACAGCUAGAAGAGGCUGAUGAGAGGACAAACUUUGAUGAAGGGUCAGGAGGUGGUAAGCGUCACAUAGCUUGUUCCCUGGAAAAGUUAGAUACCUUGUCUGUCAGUGCUUCUGGAGAUGAAACUCAUGGCAUAUCUCCUACCUUGCAAGAUGAAAUCAGCCAGACACCAGAGAAUUGUAAAUUAAAUACAGAAGUUCAAGGGCAGCAGCCAGAAUGUGAUUCUGCAUUUCAGGUAUUACGUGUUGGUGUUACUGUGUAGUGUAUCUGGUCUCUUGGGAAGCUGAAAUUCACUUAACUUUUCUUAAAAAUAUUUUCAGUUGCCUUUUUUUAGAACGGAGGUACUCCGCACCCCCCCAAUUUUGUUACUAUUUAUAUAGAAUUUAUAUUUUUGUCUCAUAUUUUCCAGAUUCUAGAUAAUGAACUUAGUCUUCAUUUUGGUUUUGCUAGCUUUUUACUUAGCAGUAAUGUACCAAACUAUGUAUAUUGAAAGCUAUAUGCACUUUAUUUCUUAACAACUGAAUUGCAUCAACAGUGUUCCCGUUUCUUUCAUGUACUCAUUUCCUUUAAAAAAUAAACUAGAAUAUAUUAAAGAAACCAGAAAAAUUUACCUUAAAGAUAUAAAUAAGAGAACUUUGAUUCUUUUGUAUCUGAGGAAAUUAAUUAUAUAGUAAUGAAUCCAAUUUGUUAAAGAAAAUAUAAAUGAUAAAUAUGAGAACUGUGAAUUAUUGGAACUUGCUAGUCUCCUUGGAGUAAGAAUAUUUUUUUUUUAAGACUUUUCCCCCCGCCCCUUCAAAUCAGAGAAAGGCUUUAUAUUAUAAGCAAAUUUUGGAAGAAAAGAUUAUAGGAUUUCUCAGUGGGGAUGAUUAAAUUGUCUCAUGGAAAACUUUAGUUAAGGUGAUGUAUCAGUUUUAAUGUAUGAAGUAAAAUGUUCCAUCCAGCAUUAAAAUCAAGCUUACUAAGAAAGGCAACGCAAUAUUUCACUUAGAUAGGAAGAAAGGAGAUUCUGUAGUCACUUGGGAUAACGUCACAGCAUACAUUUGUUUUUUCAGUAAGUGCUUUGUUACCCUAUAUAUAAACAUUUAUGUGCCAAUAUAUUGUCAACAAAUUAAUGUAUGUUAAUCAUCUAUGUUCUGCUUAUAUUUACUUACAUAUUUCAACAGAAGUUCCAUGGCCAUUCACUUCACUUUUGACCUCUGCCCCAUAGUGAUGAACAUUUAAAGUAAUACUAGUAGUAGAAUAUGAAUGAGUUUUUUUUUUUUUAAACUAUUUUCUAUAUAAUCUCUGAAAAAGUGCCACAUUGGAAGACAGUUUAAUGGUGGUUAAGAAAAAUAAACUUCACUUACUUAUUAAAAAUAAUAUAUAUCUGUAACUUUAGGAAGAGAUAAGAUUGGGUUUGAAUGCUGUAGGUAGAUGCGUAUGUAAAUAAAGGAUAAUUUUAGAA